AUGGCACAAAUCGAGAUUAGUUCAUCGAUGUCGACGUCGGCCCUUGAGCAUAAUGCUGUUCCCAAGGAGAUUUGCGAGACGGUGGGUUUGGCGAAGGCGAUGAACUCAUCCGUUAAAGGGGAAUCCGAGGUUCUAAACGGGGAAUGCGGCGACCGUUCUUGCGAGGGAAUUCCGCACGAGGAUACGGGAUCCGAUCCUGAGCUCGGUGAGGAGAAAGUCCCUGAUUGCGCUAGGCUCGAUGGUAUCCCUCAAAAGAUUGAGAUGCCGUGGAGAUCAUCGUCAAGAUCUCUGGCUCGGGAUGGUCAAUCGGGGAUGACCGAAGAUAUAGUCAUCGCUUUGCGGGAGAGGGUGGGAAUCAGUGACGCGGUCAAGAUUCUCGUUCCCUUACCUGACCAAAGGCCGAUGGACGCUCCACCUGGAUGGUUUUGCCUCUACGAAUGCUUCCUCACGGAGUUUGGAAUACGUUUUCCGGUCCUCCCGUUACUUCUCGAGUAUGCGUAUGAGCGGGGUGUAGCGUUGAGUCAGCUGACCCAUGGUGUAGUGCGGCAUAUGGUCUUCUCGGCCGCUCUGGCGAAGGCAGCCGGGAUGAAGCUAGACAGGGAGCUCUUUGAGCGUAUAACUGAUCUUCGUGCUGGGGUUAAGGAAGGAGGUUUCAAGCGUUUCCACACAUCGAUGAAACAUGACAUCGUUUUUGGUGAUCAUCGAACGAAGAUUCAUCACUGGACGCGCUACUACUUUUUUGUCAAGGUCGACCGUGCUUCGGUCGGGGAUUUCGAUCCUAGAAGGAUUGUCCCAAGGAAAGUAAAUACUACUCUAAAGGAGAAGUUUAGAACUUUACGCGACUUGAGUAGAGAGACUUGGGCGGAUGCGUUUGCCGAGACCGAAAGGAAGAAGAAGGAAAAGAAAGGAAAGGCUAUUGCUAUAGCGAUUCCUCUCUGGAAGACAGGCUUAAGGAAAAGGGCUCCGGCUUUGGUGGAUGAUGAUAUCCUGAUUUCUGAUCCUCUAUCCAAGCGGAUGAGUGGCGAUUUCUCUUCUCGGACUGUCGUGGCUUCUACUGGUCAGGGCGGGGAUAUGAGUAUCCUGGAGUCUGGAGGUGACGGGGUGAUGGGUUCCGCCGGGAUAGACUCCGAUGCUGUCUCCUUUAAGUGGAAAGGUGGUGCUCCUUUAAUGGAUAAUGGCGACUUUAGUGGAGAGAUGGUUUGGGGUUGCAAACCUAAGCCAUGCUGGGGGGUUCCGCGUGGUGAGCUUGAGUUCAAGGGUGCUCGGAGCGGAGUUGAUCAAAUUAAAGCCGAUUUGUUUGAUAACUUUGAUGGUGAUGCGGCUGCAGUUAGGUUGAAAAUAAUCAACUUCGGGACAAAAUUACGCAACUGGAGGAUAAAGCCGUCGGGACAUGGAAAAUCGAUUGCCGAGAUGGCUCGUCUUCGCAAGUCCCGGAAGAAGUGGGCUGAGUUGACGGCUGCUCAAGUGUACGAAUCAAUGCAUAAUUGGUAUACUCCGAGGUUGGACCGUAUAGGUAGAUACGUCAGUCAGCGGGAUGCAGUGGAGAAGGCGGUGAUUAGGAUUCAAGUCGACGAGGCUCUUCUUUCCUAUGUCAGGAAAAUAAAGGGGGUCGAGCAGGAUUUUGAUGCGGUGGAGAAGAUGCUUGCGGCCCGGUUGCGGGAGAGUAAGGCCGCCGGAGACUUGGUCGAGGAUGACGAAGUUGAAGCUGAUGACUAUGCUCCGCCCUAA